AUGGCCUGUGCGGGGCUUGCGGGCUGGCCCUGGCCGCUGCGGGACCCUGUCUGCUGCGCGCUGCUGGUGGCCGCCGGGCUCUUACUGGGGCUCUACUGGCUGCUGAGCCGCCCGUCUCGGGGGCUCCCGCCCGGCCCCAGCCCCUGGCCGCUCGUGGGCAACUUCGGCUUCGCGCUGCUGCCCGGCCCGCUGCGGAAGAGGUGGCUACUGAGCGAGCGGGCCGGGCAGGGGGGCUCCCGGCCGCUCGCCCCGCACCUGCUCCUGACCAGCAUGGCCAAGGUCUACGGCAGCGUCUUCAGCCUCUUCGUGGGCAGCCGCCCCAUGAUCGUGCUCAGCGACUUCGAGGCGGUGCGGGAGGCGCUGGUCAGCCAGGCCGAGGUGUUCAGCGACCGGCCCAGCAUCCCCAUCGUGGCCAUGCUCACCAAGAAGAAGGGUGUCGUUUUUGCACCAUAUGGCCCGGUAUGGAGACAACAGAGGAAGUUUUCUCACUCAACUCUUCGUCAUUUUGGAUUAGGAAAGCAUAGCCUGGAACCCAAAAUCAUUGAAGAACUGAAGUAUGUGAAGGAAGAAAUGCUAAGAUAUGGAAAGGAUCCAUUUAACCCCUUUCCUAUUAUCAGCAACUCUGUGUCCAAUGUUAUCUGUUCUAUGGCCUUUGGCAGGCGCUUUGACUAUGAAGACGUUGAGUUUAAGACCAUGCUAAGUCUCAUGUCACGUGCGCUAGAGAUAAGUGUAAACAGCCAUGUACUUCUGGUCAACAUUUGUCCUUGGCUGUAUUAUCUUCCCUUUGGCCCUUUCAGAGAACUGAGACAAAUUGAGUUUGAUGUCACAGCUUUUCUAAAGAAAAUAAUUGCACAGCACAGGGACACCCUGGAUAGAGAAAAUCCCAGGGACUUCAUUGAUAUGUAUCUCCUCCAAGUGGAAGAGGAGAGAAAGAGCAACAGUGAGAGCAGCUUUAACGAAGACUACCUGUUUUUUAUCAUUGGUGACCUCUUCAUCGCAGGUACUGACACCACUGCCAACACACUGCUCUGGUGUCUGCUCUAUAUGUCGCUCCACCCAGAAGUACAAGAAAAGGUUCAUGCAGAAAUUGAAGUGGUCAUCGGGCAUGACAGAGCUCCUUCUCUCACUGACAAGGCUCAUAUGUCCUUCACAGAGGCAACCAUCAUGGAGGUACAGAGGAUGACUGUGGUUGUUCCUCUUUCUGUUCCUCGAAUGGCCUCAGCAACUGCUGUGCUACAGGGAUAUAUUAUUCCUAAAGGCAGUGUGAUUGUGCCCAACUUAUGGUCAGUGCACAGAGAUCCAAAUAUAUGGGAGAGACCAGAUGACUUCCAACCAACAAGAUUUCUGGAUGAAAAUGGCCAGCUAAUCAAAAGAGAAAUGUUCAUUCCUUUCGGAAUUGGUAAACGUGUGUGCAUGGGAGAGCAGCUGGCAAAAAUGGAGCUGUUCUUGAUGUUUGUAAAUCUCAUGCAAAAUUUCACCUUUUUGUAUCCUGAUAAUGCUACAAAACCAGCCAUGGAAGGAAGAUUUGGUCUAACUUUAGCUCCAUAUCCAUUCAAUAUAAUUGCUUUGAAGAGAUGA